AUGGCGGAACUUCAGAUGGAGGCCCUCGAGCCCCAGAAAAGAUACAACGCUCUCAUCAGACCAACCGACGACGAUUGGAUCAGUGUUCACGACAGAUUCAGGGACCUGCUUUCCCAGCCCACUCUUCGGACAGAGCAGGUACUGGAGUCGUACUUCACAGAGUAUGAGCGGAAACUGUUCAUGCCUGCCACGGAACCUCUGAGCUUGAGGAAUUGUCAGGAGGACAACACCAGACGGUAUCGGAGCUUGACCACUGGUAGAUUCAAAGGUUGGCAUCUCUCGUUGGCGACCAAGUUUACGAUGCUAUACUUUGGUCUGCCGGUUGAGCCAAUCUUGUCCGAGCUGUUUGAGACCGCGAAGCCAGACUUUGACGUGGAUGACGGGGAUGAACUAUGCGACGUUGAGGUUCGCCCUCCAUUGAAUUUUCUCACAGCCCAUGACCAGAGAAACUACGGACGCGAUUACAUGAGAGGAAUGGAACUCCAAUUCUGCACCAUCCCUGUCCCAGCUUCUCAGAUGCCGAAAGGCACUGCUGCCCAAGAACUCAACCUCCGAGGUGGAGGUCUCGAUGACGACAACGACUUGCGGAUGUUGGAUGGGCGUAUGUAUGAAAACGCCGGGCAAGGACGCCAGCCAGAAGUUGUUGGGGAGACCGAUGAUGACGUGUCAGAUGCCUCUGCGUCUGCCACGAGCGGGCGCGCGACGAAGGUCCGAUUCGAAGAAAAACCAGUUGAGACCCCCCGGGCGCACGACUGCUCUCCUCUUUAUGGUUACCAAGGCCGAAUCAUGUUUAAGCCUGGCGACUUGUCCACGUUCGAAGCAGCGUCCAGGAAGCUCUUGUCUCUUCGAAGACGCGAGGGCUGUGAUCUAGUACUCGUCGAGUUUGAUCAAGUCUCCAGACAGGCCAGGACAAGCUUCCACGACAACAUUCCGCUCAACCCCAACGGCCAGGUGGCGAACAUCUUGAGACAGAAAGCCAAUUCCGGCAUCGAAACCGUCUGGUUUGUGCUUCGUCGGGGAGAACGGGAACCCAAUGAGUGGGAACCACGAAAGGCUCUCUUCUCUUCUUCGCUGGUCAAGUUGAGCCACUUGGAUGAGGGACACGAGAACGUCUCAUAUUUCAACCUUCCGUCCCAUAAACCAUUGUUUGGCGGCUUCAAGCCCUCAGAAAGCAUUCGUUCUUUCCUUCAGCCCUGGGGCGCCAACCAGUACAUGCCUUUUCUCACCACGGCGCAGCAGGUCCUGACAGGAACACCAGAUAGGCCUGGUGCGAGUCAUUGCGACAUCGAAAUUACUGCCGAGGAUGGCCAGACCGGCGCAGAUUCAACUUACUGGUAUGGUGGCCUCGAGAUGCACGCUAGCCUUUUGCAUAUGAUGCAUCCUUCCGUUGCCAAGGGAAGCUCGUUUGUUGUUCGAAGUUGUCCCUUGCCCGAGGACUGCAUCGUGUUCUACUUGCCGGGAGGCAUCAUCAAAUCAGCCAAAAAGUCGGAGAACCGGCAGUGCCAUCGCCAGGCAGGCUCCAAAGACCCUUACCCCGAUGCACUACAGAAAAUCAAGGCGAUGACUGAGGGUUUGGACAUGCCCCAAGAUAUCUCGUAUCGAAUUUGGCGCGGAACCGACUACUUCAACCCCUUGAUCAAGAAUCCUGUGGAACAGUACAAGCCGGUUUCCUGGAGCCCUCGUGGGGGUAACUUUCAGAAGCAGAACCAAGAUCAAGCGACGCUUUCAAAACUCAUCGUCAAUGCUGUUGACAAUGUGAGGGAGCCUUGUCGGUUCUUCGUCAUCCAGCCCUUUUAUGGACGCAACGAUUCGCGCACGAUGGAGACCCCGAGUAACAGCAAUGGCUCAGCUGCGUUCCAAGGAGGCUCGGAUACAAUGGAGACGUUCAAAGCAAAAGUUCAGAGCCUGUACAGGGAUGACCCAAAAGUGCAAUAUGAUCCCGAACGGGACAGCGUUCUCAUAGCGCCCAUCUACAAGAAAGAUGGCCUCCCCAGGCAAUGGAACCCGGUUCGUUUCGUCCUGAGGCCCGAUGCCGCCAAUUACGAGCUAAUUAUGGUUGGGCGGCUCUCUGUCGCGCAAAUCAUGCGUGUUACUGUCUUGAACAACGGCGAUCUCGACUUCGUCAAAGGCGUAGCCAAAGAAAUGGAUGAGGGAAACCAAUGGGGCCCUCGGUACGGCCAAGUAACGCCUUUGCGUCUAGAGUUGUCCCUGCCCCCGGUUGCCCAACCUGUCCAGAACCAACACUUGGCCGCUCAGAGGCAGAGAGGAGAAGUCAGCCGAGAGACAUCAAGGGUACCCAAGCAGAAUCUGCGAGAAACGAGCUGGGAAACGCAGCCGAGCAUUUACGACAACGGCAUCUACCACCCAUCCUUCCCCAUAAACGCACCUCCUGUCGAGUCUGUGAUGCGAGUGGGAGGAGGACGACUGCCUAUGAUAACCAGGAACGUACUCACCGUUACAGAACAGCGCGAGAUGCAGGGGGCGUUGUGGAAAACCCGCGGCAUGGUACUGGACCGGAUUUCCAAGUGCCCAUACGAGGGCUGCGAGUUCAGCCACCGCGUGGACGAGGACGAGAAGCUCGUGAAACAUCUGGAAGAGAAUCACACCGGACAAAAGUGCCCCUGGUGCGAUGAUCGACUUUUCUCGUUCUGGUCUCGGAAACAAAAGGAGGCGCACUAUAAGACUGCCCACGGGGACCAAUUACGCAAGAUGUUGGGCCAGGCCGAGAAAUCCGUUCCACGUCCUCAACCGUCCCGGACUUCCACGGCUGGAGGACUGCACAAUGUCAGUGUACCGUUGACAUCAUCGAUAUCCCCAUUCAAGAUCAUGGAGCGAGCUCGGCCACCAUCCGGGCCUCUGCCUCGACCGUCACCGCCGCCCAAGGCCAGCGAGAAGGAGGCAGACUACCGUUACUGCGAUCGCUGUGGCCGCGACCAUGCACAGCUCACGGGACAAGCCGAGCGGAAGCAUCAUGAUCGUGUUUGCGUGCCACUCGCCGAGGGAGGUGGCCUUUGUACAUUCUGCGAAGCAUGCGGAGAUGCUGAAUGGGAGACGGAGCAAGACGCAAAGGAGUUUGCGCCGUUUGACGUAUAUCCACACAAGUGCCGCGGCACGGUUCAUCUGAACAAGCCGCACUGCAAAAGGUGCGGGCUGUCAAUGAAGGACAUGACAGACAUGGAGAUCGACAAACAUCGUACGUACUGUGCGGGCUACUGCGGCACCAUGGGCUGUUUCUGCCCGUACUGCCAACGCCACUUUGUCAAGAAUGGCACCCAGGAUCCAAUCAAAGACGUCAAGAAGCACAUUUUGGAGUGCAAGAAGAGGGAACACGGCACAGCGACCCCCUACGAAAUCUACCCAGAGACGUACUGGAAGGACCAGGACGCGCCUACAGAUCCUCUGUACGUGGGACAGGACGCGUCUUCGAUGCUUGUGAGAAAACAGCGUCGCCCCAACGGACCUACUCGCUACCUGAGCUUCCCUCUAUUAUGGUACGAGAGAUCCGGCCCGGUGCCAACGCAAGAUCCCCCGUCCGAAUGCAAAAUAGCUGGGUGUCGCGAACCUCUUUUUGGCCUGACGCCGUCAGAGGUUCUAGGGCACUUCGAGACGAACCACGGUGGUCAACCGCAGAAGCAGUGCCCGCUUUGCCACCUCUCGUUCAUGAAGGCCAAGGAUGAAAGCGAAGAAGAGAGGAAUCCCGGAGAGGUGGAGGAUAGACAGGCCCAGGUCGCCCACAUGGAAUGCCACGUCUACCAGCUUUGGGAUCGUUUGGCUUCCGGAGGGCCUCCGCCACCGAUUAUAGCCCGCGAACCUUUCUAUGCGGGCCACUCGCUUUGGGACCCCAGCAACGAGAGAGCCUUGGACCGACGAGACAAACGAUGCCCGCACUUCGACAAGUGCGGCGCCAUGGUGGGCUUCAUGAACCAGAGACAGUGGAAUCACCACAUGGAAACAGCGCACUCCGCCGAGGACUUUGAAUUGCGGGCGCCGCCGCGCGACAGGACAACCGAAAUGCAGAUCACAUUUGAAGAACGGAGACGACAAAGAGAACGCCAAGGAAAGCCGCCCAUGGCGGGCCAAGUGCGUCCUGUAACGAAGCCGAAAGAGCUGGGGCAUCGGGCGGCGACGGGAGCUUCUGAACGAACGCCCAUGCCGGCGGCUCCUGCCACCCAGCCUCAGAAUCAACCAGGAGCUGGAGGCGGCCAAUCAAGAGGAGAUGCCCCAGGUAGCAGUCGUGCCAUGCCCCUUGGUCCCGAGGCAGCUCGCCCCGAAGAAGCUGUUCCAAGAGCAGGCCACCCGGAGGGAGGGAGCUCAAACAAGCAAACCGAGACACAAGCGGGUGGUCCUCCCAGGAAAAUCGAGGGCCCAGCUGCAAAACCAAAAGACCACACGGAGAAGCCCAGAAAGCCCGCGGGGAAGCAAGCAAGUAAAGCACGCAGCAAGCCAGCGUUAGGCCAGAAGCCAUCUUCGGGCUCGAAGCCAAAGACUGCAGCUCCGUUACCGAGCUACGACGCGGGCGAUGACUUGUACUGCUCGCGUUGCUUCCGCAAGGCACCCAAGAGAGGGUCGAAAGCACAGAUCCCGGACGGCGAUCCAACCAGACAAGAGCAGAUAGAUGCUCAUUCAGAUCCGGCGAGAAGCUGUCGAAUCCGACCACAACUGGGCCGUGUCAAGUACAAUCAUAAUGGGGAGCCCCUCUUGCCAAGCAGAGUUGGAUGGAUUCCGAAGGGUAAUUUGAAGUUCAAGGACAUCAGAGAUGCCUUUGUCAGAGACAAUCCCCAGCUCGAGACAACCAUGUGCCCAACCGAUGCACAAUGGAAGCGGACAUAUUCGAAAUGGGCACACGAUCCGAACAAUGAGAACAAUCAAGACGUUUGGGGGAUGCCUUAUCGACCCCGGGAGGACCAGUAUGCGGGAGACAGCGAAGAGGAUGACGGAGAUGAAGCCUACGUACAGGGGUCGGAAGAUGAAGGAGAAGAGGACGAAGAUGAAGACAUGGACGAGGAUGUAGAAGAGUCAGAAGGGGAAGAAGGGGCGGGGCAAGAGGGAGAGCAGGAAGACCAAGGAGGCGUGGAUGAUAGUGACGAUGGGGCAGAGGGCAAUGCGGAUAGCCGUCGUAGGAGGAAGCGUAAGCUGUUCCGGGGGGUUCAUACCCGCGAUCCAACAUAUCGUGAUCGCGGGGAUGGGGACAAUCUGAGUGAGGGGGAUCCAAGCGAGUUGGUGCCAGAGAGCGGAGAUGAGAGAGACGGCAGCACUGGAUCUGGCGGCGGGAAGCGGAAGCGUCAUGCCAUGCAAUCAAUGGGUCAGGCGCAGGCCGACGAGAAGACCCAGACGCAAGAAAGGGAGCGGAAGAAGGCCAGGGUGUCUGAGGGAGGCCAGGACAAGGCGUAA